AUGUCUACAUCAAUUCAAAAAAAAAUUACUCUCGCUACUGCCAUUAUUCUUACUGUGGAUGCGUGGAAUGCUCUAGAGGAGUCUGAAAAUAAUUUUCUGGAAUACGAGGCAGUUAUUCUAAGUAAUUUAGAACGUAAUUUACCAAUUAUUAGAAUAUCAAGAGUAAUGCGACCUAAAACAAUGGGGUUUUGGGUAGAUAUUUUCCCAAAUCUCAGCGAUGAAAACCCUUAUAAUAAUUUCAAGUGCCACUUUCGUAUUAUGAGAACUACUUUCAAUCGCCUUCUCAGCAGCAUUAGCGCUCAUCCAAUCUAUCAAUUUUCAACGCAAAAACCACAAACGCCGAUUGAAAUUCAGGUUGCAAUAGUGUUACAAAGGCUCGCUAAUCCAAUGAGUUAUAGACAGCUGGAGACCACAUUCGGGAUUGGGCAAGGUUCAGUCACCAAUUUUACUAACAGAUUUAUUACUGCUGUACUGGACAAUUUACGACAUAUAAUUAAUUGGCCUAGAGGCGAAGAAUUGCAGCGAGUAAUCGAAGGGUUUGCUCCUCCGGAGCUUAGAUCACGUAUCCCGAAUGUUAUUGGAGCCAUAGACGGGUCCCAUAUACCGAUUUCACAGCCACGCAUAGAAUAUCAUCAACGAUACAUUAAUCGCAAAGGCUUUUAUAGUGUAGUAUUGAUGGCUAUUGUUGAUGAUAGGGAACGAUUUAUUUAUAUAUACAGCGGUCAACCUGGCAGUAUGCAUGAUGCCAGAGUAUUAAAGCAGUCUGCAUUCUGGAGAGAAGUAGUGAACGAUUCAAACGGACGCUUCCCAGGUAACACACACAUAUUAGGCGAUUCAGCAUUCCCGCUCAUGCCUUGGUUAUUGGUUCCUUUUAAAAGACGCUCAAGCCAAGAGUUAAGCAGAGUACAAAGACAAUAUAAUAGAAUACAUUCAUCUGCUCGAAUAGCUGUCGAAAGGGCAUUUGGCAAACUCAAAGGAAGAUGGCGUAUAUUGAGAAAUAAUAUGGAGGUUACGGAUCUUAAAAAUGUAGUAGAUAUUAUCGAU